AUGGAGACCACCUUGCUGGCCAGCGGAGGUGCAGAUCCACCUGAUGCUUCCACCUGGGAGCGGAGUGCUGUGAUCUACGUGGCCUUGAUGCUUCUGGUGCUGAUCUCCUUGCACGUCAGAUGGGAAUGUCGUAAGCAGAUGAAAUGGGAACAGAUUUCUUGGGAGCAUGUGGCAGAAGGAAGGGACAGGAGCAGAGUUCGAGCCCUAAGCGUCUUUCGGCUUUGCUGCUGUCUGGUGGUCUUGGCCAACGACGGCAUCCUGAUCUUCUUCACGCGAGAGAUGCCUUUGCUGGGUGGAUGGAAGAUUUUCGGAACCUUCACUGUUUGGAGCUGGACACUAAUCGGAAUCUACAUGGGAUUGGCAGGUGUUGCUUCCUUAUCUCAUGCCUGCAAGAUCAAGCCAAACAAGGUUGUUGUGGCUGUUCUAUGCCGUUUUCUUUGGCUCCUCUUUGAGGUGAUGUUGCCUGUGUCCUUCUUGAUCUUUGUUGUUGUUUGGCUGGUCUUGCUCCCAGCUGCGUACCAAACCUCUGGCACAGACCUGGGCUUGCUGUCACUACCAGCGCUUGCUGCCCACAAUCUGAAUGUGGUCUUCAUGCUGAUUGAAGCGCGCUUGAACCGGCUUUGCAUGACAUCCUUUCAUUUGAUUUUCAUCUUCUAUUAUGGAGCUCUUUAUGUGAUUUUCUCAUGGAUUUUGUUCGGCAUCAAUCACAAUUUCUUUUACUUCUUCAUUGACUGGCGCUAUCCUGUGGUCUUGAUCGGCUACACUGGCAUUCUCUCAAUGCUCGCAGGCUUUUUCUUCAUAUGUCGUUGGAUGGUGAAUCGUGCGAAGCCGGAGGGGCUGCAGAGCGACUCGAAUUUGCACAGCCCCCGAAGCGUGCCCUUAGCAGCUCGCUUCCAACGAGCAUAA